UUUUUUUUUCUUUUUUUUUUUUGACCCUUUCAAUGAGCACUUUCACUCGACCUACAUUUAAUGCAGAUGACGACGACGAUUUAGAAAGGCUUCAACAAGAGUUUUUUGCCAACCAACAGAAACCUGCAGCCAAAGUGAUCCGCAAAGGCGAUCCUUCACAGCAGCAGAACAAGCGUAGUGUGUUUGCUGAACGAUUAGCAAAGGAAAAAGAUACGAGUAUGCCAACACUUGAAGAUGUUGAGUAUGAACCAGUGAUGGAUCCACACCCUGAACCUCAUGUUCCAGUAAGCAAGAAAAUGAUUGACUUGACAUCGAUGCUCGGACAAGUGCUAGGAGAUAUCACAGAGCAUACAGUGGAUAAAGUGACUCCACCAUCUUUGCCAGAAGAAAUGCCCAAUAAGCCUGCACGAGGUCAGAAGGAUGGGUUUCCUAAGCCUGUGCACAGAAGCGAGUUCAAAAGGAGAUUGGAAGCCAAGAGAAACAAUACAAAGCCUUCCCGUCCUGAAGCUCCUCCUCAGGUAGCAGCUUCAGCGCCUGUAAAGGUUUCCAGUGAAUCCUUACUGGGUAGUUCAAUGUACACAGACGAAAACGAUAGGCGUAUUCAGGAAAUGUCUGAGCAGGAGCUGGAGGAAGCGCGUGCAGAAAUCAUGAAUACCUUAAGCCCUGAAUCAGUUGCUAUCCUCAUGAAGGGAUUGAAAAAAAAACAUACGGACCCGGUAGAGAAUAAAAAGAAGGUGACAUUUCAAGAACCAGAAAGCAGCAAGGAUGAAGGACAAGAGCUGUUAGAAAUGAAGAGCAAGUAUUUCUCAGAUGUGCCUGUCGAGAAUGAGAAGCUUGCCUGGAUCGAUGAUCGAUUCUUAACAAACGAACUUAAAGAGCAGCUACAAAAGGAAAAAGAAGAGGAUAAAAGUCAAGCAAGUGAAAUUGAAAAGGUCUAUCGAAAGAUUAGAUUUGAUUUACAAGGCAAUAUCAUCAACGACAACGAAAAUAUUCCUGUGCACAAGGGGCUCCAUCAUCAUGGUGACGAACCAGAAAAGGCUGGAUAUACUUUAGCAGAACUAUUUUAUCUGAUGAGAAGUCAAGUGCCAUCUCAGAGAGCCAUCGUGCUAUCGACCAUCUCUCGUAUUAUUACAAAGGCCAAGCAUCAACAGUCUGAUGAGACAUGGUGGAAAAUAUUGCGUGUAUUUACGGGAAAGGAGCAUGCUGCACCCAUUUAUCUUCGUUCAGCAUUAGAUGACCGUCAUUUGGUUGCACUCGUAGGUGCCGUUAAAGCACUGGCUGCUUUAGUAUUGGACCUUGAAGAUGAUUGGGAAGAGACAUUGGUGGCCAAGGCCGUAGACUUUAAUAGAUUCUUAGGACACAUCGCUCACCCCGUGCUUCCAAGUGGAUCCAAGGCUCUUGAACGAAAGGGUUUGAAUGACAAGCUAUCUGAGCUUGUUGAUCGUGUACGUCAACAAUCUGGUGUUGUUGAUGAAGUUGAGAAAGAGGAUGAUGCAGCCCUUGCUGAGCAAGAUUUAGCUCGUGCUCUCGUCAAGAUGAAUAUUUUACCUCGUAUCCGAUACUUGAUUGCGUCCGAGAACAGAAGUGAGUUGAUUCAAGGCGACCCAGCCUCUGUGGAAUUACUCGUUCGUAUCCUUGUUCAACUGGCUGAAGCAGGCGAAGAUGUGUGCGAUUCAAUCGAAGAAGAAGAGCUGAUCGAACCUGUCGUACAGUGGGGUAUUGUCAAGACGCAAUGGCCUAUGACGGAUGACAGUAAUGUCUUUGUUUAUCCUAGUUUGGCUACGGUAAGACUUUUAACUGUUUUGGCUCAGGGCAGUAAACACAUUGCAGAAGAGAUUGUGGAAAGAAUGACAAGUUUGCUGCCUUUUUUGGUAACCAACCCGGAUAUCGCAUGUGAUUCGCUGAAACGUAGGGCGUAUGCACUACAGCUUGAAACCCUAAAGCUGCUGCGUGUGUUGGCUUCCUACGGGUUCAUUGCCCCCAUCCUGGAAAGUUCUCAGGAACCUGUUAUGGACUGGCUCCGGGUCGUGCUCGAUAAGAAACAAAAGGACACACGGCUACAGAGUAUUCGUGCCUCUGCUGCUAUUGAACUUUUGGAAGUCUUACUCCAUGCUGCUGCAGACCCUCACAAGACCAUUCCUGAGCAUGCAAUUGAUUGGCCACAACCUACAGCGUACUUGCCUGCAAUCACAGCCAUAUUGAAAUACACUCAGCUGGGACCUCUGUAUGAAUCCGCAUUAGGAUACAUGGGUGCAUGGGCUACUUAUAUUGAUUUAUUUAAACCAGAAUUGGAGACGGUGCAGCAAUCCUGGAAGACCAUCACUCAGAAGGAAGAUGCCUUUAUAUUUAGUAAUUCCGCUGCAUCUGGGGGUUACACGACACAUCAUAUCUACCGUUACAUUCAAUUUAUUUCUGCAUAUGCGAAUCUUCAUAACCACUUACUUUAUGACGAUUUGAUCAAGAAAGCCAAGAAAAGAAUGGUAUCAGCUUGGGAAAUAGUAAAGGACAACAGUAAAAAGGAUGUAUAUGGUCGAUAUGCACUUUGGCUUUGGCUGAAGCAAUGUAAGAAAGAAGACAUGCAGUUCAGCAUGGCGGAAUUGGAAUCAGGCAUUCAAAGUUUGCACACGGGCAUAACAGAAACGUGGAUGGCACAGGACUUCCUGCAGCUUUGUCUAUCAACACAAGUCGUUGACGAAAGUAUGAGGCCAUUUUAUUUCCAGAUUCAAACAAAGGAUCUUGAAAUAUCCAAGGCUCUGUUUAGAUAUGACGGUAGACCGGUCAAGACGCUGAUGUACCCACAGGCAGAAGAAAACAAAUGUGAGGACACUACACUAGAAACGAGUGCGUUUAUUAUGUCACCUAUCGAUGCAAUGUAUCAUUUGGAUAAAUCAAAAGUGGCACAAAAGAGUAAAGACGAUGCAGCGACGGUUGUGUCAAAAACGUUUGAGAUUGCAGCAAAACUGUUCCAAGAAGAGGUGCAUCAUGAGCUGGCAAUUGUGACGUUGAUGAAGGUGUUUUUGAUUGGUGAUCGAGAAGGACGUGAAGCAGGUGUAGAAAGUGAGCGAGAGAUAUUUUGGGAUGAUCGAGUGUCAAAGAAGAUAAGCGACUUGUUAGAUAUACACUGUAGAAUCAAAACUAGUUUGAGUGCACUGGAGAACGCUUGGCGGAGAUCGUCGGGUUAUAUCCGACAGGCCCAGGUACCUUUUUUUCAGUUUUAUCAGUCCUUUAUUGCUCAAUAUGCAUCUGUCUCGUUCGGGCAUCAUGGAUUUGCGCGCCUUUUGGUGUAUCUUGUGACUCAGAUUGAUGUUAUUGACUAUCGUCACUUACUAUUUAGCGAUUAUCAUGACAUUUUACCAACUCUAAAAGUUGGCGUAAAUGAAGUUCCACAACUUUCAAGUGUUGAAAUAGAGCAACUUUCUAAAGCCGGAUUAGUACUUUAUAAAUAAAGAAACAAAAUUUUAAUGCAGCCA